GGUCCUUAAUACGAAGAAUUUAUAUUUAUUUCUUAAAAAGUACUAAAUUAAAAUUCAAUCAUCAUGAUGCUGAUGUCUGCGAGUUGGCAGGUCUCCAUGCACUUGGCGUCCUUCAUGCAAAUCCACCAUUUCUUUUCCCAACGCGUGUCCACGGAUCACUUUCCCAGGCAUUUAUUUUAUUCGGAGACUCAAAAUCCCGGAUAGAAGCCUUCACCGUUACUCUCAAAUUACAUCAUCAAGAUUAUAGUCUUCAACUUUCUUUAACUCAUGAAAUUCAAGUUAGUUGUUCUGCCAAAUCCAUAAUCCAUCAUCAGGUUCAGGGUAGGAUGGAAGAACCAAGCGAAGAGUGGGAAAUCGAAGAUGAAAAUGGGUCGUCUUCUUUUGAAGAAGAAAAGAUUGAGAAAAGUGGGGUGAGUUGGAUCUUGGACAGAAGUCUGAGCUUGGGAAAGAAGGUUGCGGUCACUGUUAUUCUAAUAUCAUCUGCUCCUCUGGUUCUUCCUCCUCUUGUAGUUAUUUCUGCAAUUGGGGUUGCCUUUUCGGUCUCUUUUGGGUUUGUCUAUGCCAGUUAUGCCUGCACUGAAAAACUCAUGAGCAAAUUGCUGCCGGAAACUGCGCCAUCUAUUACAUGGGACAAUAAAAAAUCUUUGACAUUACAGGAGGAACAAGAAGAGGAAGAAGGUGGAAAUGCUUCCCUUGAUAAGAGGGAUUUCGAUGUAGUUGCAUUGGAGGAAGAAGAAGGAUUCGGAAAUUCAUUCUUGGUUAAGGGGGGUGUAGUUGCAAUGGAGGAAGGGGAAAGGGAAAAAGAGGAGGAACAAGAAGAAGAAGAAGUCGAAAAUGUAUCCCUGGUUAAGGGGGGCGUAGUUGCAAUGGAGGAAGAGGAAAGGGAACAAGUAGAAGAAAUCCAAAACGAAUCCCUUGUUAAGGGGGACAUAGUUGCAAUGGAGGAAGAGGAAAAGGAACAAGAGCAUGACGUGAAGGAAGAAAUUGAAGUGAGAAUUGAAUUGGUAGAAGAUGAAAGUAAGGAAAAUGGUAAUGGUGAUGCUACAGUUAUAGAAGCCAUUAAGGAUGAUCAAGAGAAAGUACUUAGCGGAGAUGACAUUUUAGAAGAACAAGGCUACAAGGAAAAUGAGUUUCUGGAGAAAAUGGGUGAUAUUGAAAUUGAAGAAAGGGAUAAAGAAAGGGACAAAGAACCCCAAUUAGAAUGUAAGGGUGAAAAGCCAAUAGGAGUUGAAGAGGAUAGGAAAUUUGAAGGGGAAAAUAUGGAAUCCCUGGUUAAGGCGGGUGUAGUCGCAAUGGAUGAAGAGGAAAGGGAACAAGUAGAAGUCCAAAACAAAUCUCUUGUUAAGGGGAACGUAGUUGCAAUGGAGGAAAAGGAACAAGAGCAUGACAUGAAGGAAGAAAUUGAAGUGAGAAUUGAAUUGGUGGAAGAUAAAAGCAAGGAAAAUGGUAAUGAUGAUGCUAAGGUUAGAGAAGCCAUUAAGGAUGAUCAAGAAAAAGUAAUUAGCAGAGAUGACAUUUUAGAAGAACAGGGCUACGAGGAAGAUGAGUUGCUGAAGAGAAUGGAUGAUAUUGAAAUUGAAGACCUGGAUAAAGAAAGAGAGAAAGAACCCCAAUUAGAGUGUAAGGGUGAAAAGCCAAUAGCAGUUGUAGAGGAUGGGAAAUUUGAAGGGGAAAAUGCGGAAACCAUUGAAUUUGUUGGGGAUGUGGGCAGUGCUAGUGGGGAUGAGAAAAACUGUACACAUUGUUUAGAAGUUAAAACUAUAGAUUAUGUGGAGGAUGAGAAGAAUGUCGGAAUUAGGAAACGAGAGGAUUGGUCUGUGGACAAAAAUGAUGACAAGAAUGUUGCAAUUAGGGAAGAACAAGAAGAAGCAUCUAAAAAUGCAGAACUCGAUACAGAUGUCCCUCAGAUGAAUGGAAGUGAGGGGAGAGAGGAAGCAUCUAUAUUAAAAUGUAAUGAAGUGGCAAGAACAGCAAGUGAGGAUAAAGAGGAUAGGAAAGGGCAGAAUACAAAAUCUCUUGAAGAUAAUGGGGAUGAGGGAGCUAGAAAGGAUGCAAAAAACUUUGUGCAUGGAUCUACAGUUCAACCUCAUGUUUUUGUGAAUGAUGAUGCUAAAAAUAUUGGAAGUAGGAAAAAAGACGAUCUGCCUGAAGAUAAAAAUGUGAAGCUGGAUAAGGUAGUCAUGCCGACUGAGGUAAGAGAAAAGGUGAAAGAAGGUCAGACCAUUUCUAAAGGCAAGAGCAGUGCAGCUGAAACUGAGGGAAAGCUGGACAAAGAUGUCCCUGAGAAGAAUGAAAGCGAGAAGGUAAAGGGAGGUCAGACCAUUUCCAAAGGCAAAAGCACUGGAGUUGAAACCGAGGGAAAGCUGGAUAAAGAUGUCCCUGUGAAGAAGGUAAGAGAGAAAUUAAAGGAAGGUCAGACGAUUUCUGAGGGAAAGAGUAGUGCGGUAGAAACUGAGGGAACUGAGAAAAAGAUGAAUUUGAAAGCGUGGAAAGAUUCUGGAAAUGUGAAAGGAACUGCAGCAUGGAAAGAUGGGAGACAUGCACCAUCCUCAGGCAAAGUAGAAAAAGCCUAUGGAGAAACUAAGAAUUCACGUGAACAAAAUGAUUUGAACGUGGUCCAAGACACGAAGGGAAAAUAUGAAGAAACAGGGGAGGAGACAAAUGUAAAAUUGAUCAAAGAACAUAAUGGUGAAGAGUUGAACCGUGUUCCCAAUGAUAUCAAGCAAGAUGGAGAAAUGGAAGGCACAUUACUAGAGAAAGGAGAUGCAGAUCAUAGCAAAAUUGGUUCGGUAUCUAGGAAAUCAACAGACAAGGAAAAUGAUUUGAUUAAUAGCAAGCAUGAUACACUGCAGGGGGAAAAUGCUGGCUCUGUUGCAUAUAGUGAUCCUGGAUGUGAGAAAAAUGAGGAAAAUAUCAUCAGUCAAGAAGUCAGUUCAAAUGCCAAAGCUGAGGGUGAGAGUCAGAAUAGUGGCCUAUUUACUUUGACAGAUCGCAACAAAGCAAAAGAUGAAAGCCAAGGUUCUGUGGAUGAUGUAGCAUUACCACAGGUACCUGAAUUGGAACAUGAUGCAGAAACCAAGUCGAAAGGCAAUAGAAAUGUUUCUGAGACAGAUGGUGCUUUAAUUUCUAAUGCGGGGUUGCUUACCGAAGAAAAGGUUUGGACACAGAUCGAUUCUGUCAAAGCAAUAAUUGGCUACAGAGGGCGCCGAUCUGCUUCCAUUUAUGAAGAGGUAAAGGCUUUGUAUUUAUUCACCGGAGUUGAGCCCUCCUCAUCAUUUGAUGAGUCGUCAGAUGUUUCAGAGGUCUAUGGAAAUCUCCAAUGUCUCAUGUCAGUGAUAGGAAUAAAAUGAUCGGCUUAUCGUUUUUUGGCUAAUCGAUGUACUUUUAAAUGCAAGGACAGUUUAGUGCGCUGAUUGAAUGUGUUUUUGUGGUAAUGUAGGUUCUCAUGAAUUUUACCAUUUUGUUGGGGCAAUAUUUGCUUCAGCCUCGGUGCUUAAAUUUGAUGCA